GCCGCCUGCACCAUAUAAGCCGACACACCCACCCCGCCGCCGCACGCACACACCGCAGCCAUGAAGCCGAUUCUUCUCUCGGGUCACGAGCGCGCUCUCACGCAGGUCAAGUACAAUGCCGAUGGCGACAUCAUUUUCUCCGUCUCCAAGGAUCAUGUUGUCUGCGCUUGGUAUUCACACAACGGCGAGCGGUUAGGCACAUACCACGGACACCAGGGAGCGCUAUGGACCGUCGACGUGAACCCCUCGACCGAGUUGCUGGCCACGGGUGGUGCGGAUAACACGAUGCGGUUAUGGCAUGUGCAGACUGGCAAGCUUCUGCACACGUGGGAGUUCAACACCAGUAUCAAGCGCUGCGAGUUCUCGCCCGACGGCAGGCAGUUACUCGGUGUUACCGAGAAGCGAUCAGGGCACCUCUCGACCAUCUGCGUCUACCCAAUCAACCCCGACCCCGAGGCGCAACAAUCCGACGAGCAGCUGCUGAGGAUUGUGUGCGACGAAUCCAAGGCGACGGUCGCAGGCUUCUCGUACCUUGCCAAAUACAUCAUCAGUGGACACGAGGACGGCUCAAUCACUCAAUGGGACGGCAAGACGGGAGAACUGCUUAGCUCCAACUACGACGCUCACGAGCCAGACAUGCAAAUCACCGACAUUCAGUGGGCACCCGACAGGUCGUACUUCAUCACCGCAAGCAAGGACAAGACGGCAAAGCUCGUUGAUGUGGAGGACCUGACUGUCCUCAAGUCAUACGUCGCCGACACACCGCUCAACUCGGCCGCAAUCACACCCGUCAAGGACUACGUUAUUCUCGGUGGAGGACAAGCCGCCAUGGACGUCACGACUACCUCGGCACGCCAAGGAAAGUUCGAGGCCCGCUUCUACCACAAGAUCUUCAUGGAGGAGAUUGGGCGCGUGCGUGGCCACUUUGGUCCCCUCAACUAUGUCGCCGUGCACCCGCAAGGCACCAGCUACUGCAGUGGAGGAGAAGACGGAUACGUGCGUGUACACCACUUUGACAAGCCGUACUUUGACUUCAUGUACGAGGUUGAGCGCGAGGCUGAGCGCGAGGCCGCGCAGGCGAACUUGUAAUGUAUGGUUUCUCGGACAUGAAGGAUGCGGGCGAUACGAAUCGAUAUGGCUGCAUACAUGCAACGGCGUUCCGGUGGUUGAGUGGGUGCUCGUCGAAUUCUGACGGGCCUUUGUCAAAAAGUUCAUGAGCUAUCGGGGCGUGUAGAGACGCGAUGCAAGCAUCGGGUGCAAACGCUCAUCAAUGAAGACUUGGCAUAGAGAAUACAUGUUCAUAUAUGCUUCAGCAAUGUCCCGCCCCAAGCGCCAGUGCCUGUCCACGAGAAAGGAGCAGACACCCGAGCAUUAGGUCAAUAGUACAAGAAAAGAGCUUGAGACGGGUGGGCAGUUGAUCUCCC